AGCAUUGUGGGAGUUGUUCCUCUGCAGCAAUGGCUUGGCUCGUAGUAAGAUUAGCAAUAUCUGUGUCUUUAUUUUAUACUGCAUCGGCGGUGUUUGAAGACCAAGUUGGAAAGUUUGAUUGGAGGCAACAGUUUAUCGGCAAGGUGCGCUUCGCCUUGUUUGACACUCACUCUCAAGCGUCGAAAAAGCUCCUGGUGGCAACUGACAAGAACGUGUUUGCUUCCCUCAACUCAAGGACUGGAGACCUGUUCUGGCGGCAUGUGGAUAAGACUGGACCAGAAGGCCAUAUUGAUGCACUGCUCAUGUAUGGACAGGAUGCUGUUGUUGUUGCUGGAAAUGGCCGUCUGCUUCGCUCCUGGGAGACCACAGUCGGUGGCCUGAAGUGGGAGACAGUACUUGAUACUGGAAGCUUUCAGGCUGCUGCUUUAGUUGGAGUUCAAGACUUUGUGAAGUAUGUUGCUGUGCUAAAGAAAUCAGCAAUCUCGCUCCACGACCUUUCAAGUGGCAGCCAGAUAUGGGUGGAAAACCUACCUGACAGUGACACUGUUCAGUAUCAAACUAUUUAUUCUGGUGGGAAUGGACUGGUGUUUGUUUUUGGAGUUGUGCCGAACUCCCAUAUUGUUAUUGUUGAAUACAAAAUUGAAGAUGGAGAAAUCAUGAACAAGAAAUCAGUUGAAGCCGCAUGGAUGUCAAGCCUGGAGAGCAGCUGUACAGUCAUCAGCUCAGGGAUCCUACUGUGUGUGGAUCAGAUCACGCAGUCCCUCUAUACUCUACUGCUGCAGUCUGCAGAACAGACUGAAAUGAGACAGAUCCACCUCCAGACGCUAGAUUUGGAGGUGGCAUCUGGAUUCCAGCCUGUUCUGACGUCCACUCAACCCAAUCCAGCUCAGCCUCCUCUUUCUGAGUUCUUCCUGCAACUAAGUCCAGAUCAUCACAUCCUGCUGCAACUCAAAGACGGCCUCAUCGUGCCGCUCCGAGACUUCAAUCCAUCAUAUCUGGCUGCUUUUGCCACAUCUGGAGAGAGGACAGUUGCUGCUGUGAUGUCCCCAAAGAAUGAUACUGCUUGCAGCAUCAACCUGUUCAGUGCUGACACAGGGCGGAGGCACCUUGACACCACCAUUAUCUACCACAUGGACCCUAAUGGAGGAAAGCCAAACAGAUUAUAUGUCCACGCCUUUCUGAAGAAAGAUGAUUCUGUGGGCUACAGAGUCAUGGUGCAGACGGAAGAUCUUACACUCACAUUCCUACAGCAGCCUGGCAGGGUGGUCUGGAUGAGAGAGGAGGCCCUGGCUGAUGUGGUCACGAUGGAGAUGGUUGAUCUGCCAUUCACUGGAACACAAGCGGAACUGGAGGGAGAGUUUGGAAAGAAAGCCGAUGGACUGUUACCCAUGGUUCUCAAGCGCCUCUCUUCCCAGUUCAUCCUGCUGCAGGCCUGGCUGGCCCAUCUCUGGAAACUCUUUUAUGAUGCCCGAAAGCCCCGGAGCAGUGUGAAGAAUGAGGUUAACAUAGACACACUGUCUCGGGAUGAAUUCAACCUGCAGAAGAUGAUGGUGAUGGUAACUGCCUCUGGGAAGCUCUUUGGCAUCGACAGUAAAUCAGGAACAAUUUUGUGGAAGCAGUACUUAGAAAACAUCGAGCCCAACUCUGUUUUCAAACUCAUUGUGCAGAGGACCACUGCUCACUUUCCUCAUCCUCCACAGUGCACACUUCUUAUAAAAAACAAGGACACAGGUCUUGGAAACCUCUAUGUCUUCAAUCCCAUCUUUGGCAAGAAGAGUCAAAUUAGUGUCCCUGCCUUACCCAGACCUGUCCUUCAGACCCUGCUGCUGCCUGUCAUUGACCAGGACUAUGCUAAAGUCCUUCUACUUAUUGAUGACCAGUACAAGGUCACAACAUUUCCAUCUACAAAGAACAUUCUACAGCAGCUUCAGGACACAGCAUCCUCCAUAUUCUUCUACCUAGUGGAUUCUAGUCAGGGAAAACUGUCAGGUUUCCGUCUGCGCAAGGAUUUGUCUACAGAGCUAAUCUGGGAGGUGGUCAUCCCCACUGAGGUGCAGAAGAUAGUGGCUGUUAAAGGAAAGCGUGCAAAUGAACAUGUGCAUUCCCAGGGCAGAGUCAUGGGGGACCGUAGUGUGCUCUACAAGUAUCUGAACCCUAAUCUCUUGGCUGUAAUAACGGAAAGCACAGACACCCAUCAGGAGCGGAGCUUUGUUGGAAUCUUCCUGAUUGAUGGGGUCACUGGCCGUAUUGUGCAUGAAGCGGUGCAGCGGAAAGCCAAAGGACCUGUUCACUUUGUACACUCUGAAAACUGGGUAGUGUAUGUGUACUGGAACUCCAAGUUCCGCAGAAACGAGUUUUCUGUGUUGGAGCUUUUUGAGGGAGCGGAGCUCUAUAACAGCACAGUGUUCAGCUCCCUGGACAGACCACAUCCACCUCAGGUUCUGCAGCAGUCGUACAUUUUUCCUGCUCCCAUAAGCACUUUGGAAGCCACACUUACGGAAAAGGGCAUCACCAGCCGACACCUUCUUGUCGGGCUGCCAUCAGGUAACAUUUUAUCCUUACCAAAGAUGUUUCUUGACCCACGGAGACCAGAGGUGGUCUCAGACCAGAGUCGGGAGGAAAACCUCAUACCAUAUGCUCCAGAAAUGCCCAUCCGUGACGAGUGGUUUAUAAAUUACAACCAAACUGUGUCAAGAGUAAGGGGCAUCCACACUGCCCCUUCUGGCCUGGAGUCAACCUGUUUGGUGGUUGCAUAUGGUCUUGACAUCUACCAGACCAGAGUGUUCCCCUCCAAGCAAUUUGAUGUCCUUAAGGAUGACUAUGACUAUGUAUUAAUCAGCAGCGUACUCUUUGGCCUCUUCUUUGCCACCAUGAUCAGCAAACGUCUAGCGGAAGUGAAACUGCUCAACAGGGCAUGGCGAUAAGACUCAUCCUGUUGACUUCACUUUCGCCCUCACUGCAAUGUGGUCGACACAUUGAUGGCAGGAGACUAGCUGGUGACCAUGUCAAAACUGCAAGAUCAUUUGAUAAGUUUGGUAUAUUUUUGCAACCAGCUGUCUUAGAGAUCUUGUGGUGUUUUGAAUGAAAGUGCAUAGACGGCCAUGAUAGUUUUUUCCCUUUUCAGAGCGAGAAGUAAUGAUGUAGGUCUAACCCCCCCCACAUCCCCCCCCACAUCCCCCCCCCCAACACACACACACACCCCCAGCACUGAACAAUUCACUGUCUAAUUUAUUUAUUGUGCCUUUCGGGGUAAAAUAACUCAUGUGAUUUAAAAGUAGACUUGCCUGGUAUAACACAAUACCCAUCCCUUUAAUUUUUUUUUUUUUCCAUUUUAGAUUUCAUUCAGUAAGUCUGAGUCUGCCUUUUGAAGAAAUUGUGUUAUUUAGAAAAUUUUUACUGAGGGGAAGGAGUAUUGUAAUAGAACUGCCAUUUUUAUUUAAAUCAAUGAAAAGAUUAAAUAAAAUGAGUUUUAAAUGGGUUUUAAAGUUGCUAUGAUGUGAUGAACUGUUAAAGAAUAUAUUGUCUUGUGUACAGGAUUUGAAAUGGAAAACACUAGUGCACAUGAGAACUGUGAAAUAGUUUUCUCCUGUACAUUAAUGAUAGAAGGUUUUUGGGUAGUCUUUUGUAGUUAUUUUAUGGUAUGUCAAAUGCACUGGAUGGUUUGGAGCCAUGUUCUUACUUGAUAUAUUCAUGAGCAAGAUCCUAAUAUGCCAUAUCAUACUUAGAUUUUUGAUUUGUAUGCAUUACAAAUCCUUUUGAUUUUACAAUUGUGUAAAAUGUUUCUACUCUUGAUUUUCAUGAAUAAUAGGCUUGUUUAUAUACAUAAUUUUGAAAGCAUCCCCGCUGCUGCAAAUGAAUGAUGUCAGAAAAAAAAUGAAUUUAAUAAUAUUUGUAACAAAACCGUAGACAUUCAAUUAAGGUGAUGAUAAACCUAAUGCUUUUUUUAAACCUGCAUAAAUUAUUUGUUCUUUUCCGCCUAAUCUAUAAUAAAGAAUAUCCCAUUCCUAA